UCCCCGUCAGUCUGUUUGGAUUAUUGUAACAGCUCAGGGCUCUCAUAUGCGCUCCCCUCUCUGCCCACUGCACACACUACAGUGCUCUAUAUCAGAGAUGAGGAGGAUUAGGUAAGGGCAGUGUUUGUUUUCACCCCAGACAAGAGAGGAGGAGGAGAGGAGAGCGGCCAUGGAGUUAAAUGUGGUGAAAGACAGGAGGAGGUUGCUAUGAGAGAGGGAGAAAAUGGAAGAAGAGGAAGGAGAGCAUGCAUCGUAGAAGGAAUUGCAGUCCCUGAGGGUUUCCUCUCAGCAGCAGAGGUGGCCUGUUUCUGCGCCAGUCUCCAAUGUGAAGAGACAAUGAAAGCACUGACACACUUUCUGUGUCCAAGCUAGCUGCCAGAUAUCGUUACAGAAAAGUCAGACGGGUGCUGGGUAAGAGGAAGAGGGACUCCUAUGUCAGAGUUUUAGGAUGGCCAGUGAAGGCUCCACUAUCCCCAGCCCCGUGGUCCGCCAGAUUGACAAGCAGUUCUUGAUCUGUAGCAUAUGUCUGGACCGCUACGAAAACCCCAAAGUACUGCCCUGCCUACACACCUUCUGUGAGAGGUGCCUGCAGAAUUACAUCCCGGCCCACAGCCUCACACUGUCGUGCCCUGUGUGCCGCCAGACCUCGAUCCUGCCGGAGAAGGGUGUGGCGGCAUUGCAGAAUAACUUCUUCAUCACCAACCUGAUGGACGUGCUGCAGCGGGCGCCGGGCAGCUGCGGCCAGGAGGCCGCCGCUCUCAACAAAAUCACUACUGUGGCGACAGGACAACUGCUCUCCUGCCCCAACCAUGGAGGCAACGUCAUGGAGUUUUACUGUCCGCCUUGUGAGACGGCCAUGUGUCAGGAGUGUACGAGUGGCGAACAUGGAGAACACCCAACUGUGCCUCUUAAAGACGUAGUGGAACAACACAAGGCCUCAUUACAGGACCAGCUAGACGCUGUCAAGAAGAGGUUGCCAGAGAUCGACUCGGCCCUGCAGAUGCUGUCAGAGAUCCUGCAGCAGCUGACCAAUCAAAAGAGCUCCAUUGAGGACGACAUUCAUACUACCUUUGAUGAGUUGCAGAAGACUCUGAACGUCCGCAAGAGCGUUUUACUGAUGGAGCUGGAGGUCAACUACGGCCUCAAGCAGAAGGUGCUUCAAGCCCAGCUGGAUACUCUGCUGCAGGGCCAGGAGGGCAUCAACAGCACCUGUAACUUCACGGAGCAGGCGCUGAGCCACGGCAGCGAGGCCGAGGUGCUGCUGGUGAAGAAGCAGAUGAGCGAGCGUCUCAUUGAGCUGGCCAGCCAGGAGCUUCCUCUGCAGCCCGGAGAGAACGACCAGCUGGACUUCAUCGUGGAGACAGAGGGACUAAAGAAGUCCAUCCACAACCUGGGCACUAUUGUAACGACUAACGCAGUGGCCUCUGAGACUGUGGCGACAGGUGAAGGGUUACGGCACUGUGUGGUGGGCGUCCCCACCUCCAUCACCAUAACCACUAAGGACAAAGAUGGAGAGCUGUGCAAGAUGGGCAACGCAGUCAUCACUGCGGAAAUGUCCUCAUCUGAUGGUAGCAAAGGUGAAGGGGAGACACUGGACAACAAGAAUGGCACUUAUGAAUACCUGUUCUCAGCUCCGAAAGAGGGGACUUUUAAUUUAUCACUGCGUUUAUAUGACCAACAUAUCAAAGGAAGCCCCUUUAAGAUAAAGGCCACAAAAUCCAUAGAUGUGUCGGCAACUUCAGAAGGCGUCAAGAAGAGGCUGAAGUCUCCGGGCAGCAGUCACAUCAAGCAGAAGGCCAUCAAGAGGCCGGCCAGUAUGUACAGCACGGGGAGGAGGAAAGAGAACCCCAUCGAGGACGACCUCAUCUUCAGAAUCGGCACAAAGGGAAGAAACAAAGGAGAGUUCACUAAUCUGCAGGGAGUGGCCACCUCUUCUCUGGGAAAGGUGCUGAUAGCAGACAGCAACAACCAGUGUGUCCAGAUUUUCACCAACGACGGCCUGUUCAAAAGUCGCUUUGGUGUCCGCGGCAGGACUCCGGGUCAACUGCAGCGACCGACGGGAGUCGCCAUCCACCCAAACGGUGACAUCAUCAUCGCAGACUAUGACAACAAAUGGGUCAGCAUCUUUUCAAGCGAAGGCAAGUUUAAGAACAAGAUUGGCUCGGGGAAGCUGAUGGGCCCUAAGGGCGUGUCGGUGGACAGAAACGGCCAUAUCAUCGUGGUCGACAACAAAGCCUGCUGCAUCUUCAUCUUUCAGGUCAACGGCAAGCUGGUCACCAAGUUCGGUAACCGUGGCAACGGCGACAGGCAGUUUGCAGGUACACUCAAUGGGCCUCACUUUGCUGCCGUCAACAACAACAAUGAAAUCAUUGUGACAGAUUUCCACAACCACUCAGUCAAGGUGUUCAACACAGAAGGAGAAUUCUUGCUGAAGUUUGGUUCUAACGGCGAGGGCAACGGCCAGUUCAACGCCCCCACAGGAGUGGCGGUGGAUGUGAAUGGAAACAUCAUAGUAGCAGACUGGGGCAACAGCAGGAUACAGGUGUUUGAUGGCAGCGGUUCGUUCCUGUCCUACAUCAACACAUCAGCAGACCCGCUGUACGGCCCGCAGGGACUGGCUCUCACCUCUGACGGACAUGUUGUGGUUGCAGAUUCUGGCAACCAUUGCUUCAAAGUGUACCGCUACCUGCAGUAGCCCUUUCUCUCUCAGUGCACAUAACUGUACAGUGUACAUAAACACACACGCACUCAUUAGUAUGGAGCGACCGGAAGAAUUGCACUCACCCACUCACCUAUUCAUCUUUGAAUCCUGCGGUCGUUGUGCCAUCUGUGUGACUGUGACAUCCUGUUUGACCUCCAACGCUGAAGAAACAACAGAAUUAUUUGUAGUUUGAAUGAAGUGAGAGGACGUAUGAUAUUCACAGACGGCUGCUGCUGAUUGGUGGUUUGAGGGGUCGUUCAUAACCUUGUCCACAGUCCAUCUUAAUAACACUGAUUGUUGUACUUUUUUUAUUUACUGUGAUAUGGCAGGACAACUGGAAAAACAAUGCUAUUGCACUUGUUCCUAAAGUUACUGGUUGGACACUUUUAAGUGAGAUUGACAUUUUAUUUUAGUCACAUAGAAAUUAAUGGGAAUUCUAAUUAUAGUGCAGUGAUAUAGAUUGCAGCUUCCUGUUUAAUGCUCUUAAGAGUCCUCACAUUUUGCCUGUUAACUAUAAUGGAAAAAUAUUCCACCUACUGUAGGUAGCAGGGUAGAGCAUGCUUACACAUCUCUGUGCAUGCUGUUUUUACUAAUAACACCAGAAAAGCUACUGUGCACAAUAUGUAUGUUUCAAGCUGACACUUUAACAAAAUCACCAAAAGAAACUUUGAAUGGAAGCACUGUUUCAAUUACAAUACAAUAUGUGGAAAUUAAUAAUCAAUGUAAUUUGUCAUCACUGUAAAAUGACACACACCAUAUUAAAGUAUGCUGAUGACUUCGGCUUAAUUGGUUUUUACAAAACAAAGUGUUUGUGAUUUGUGUGGUGAUCACAAUCAAUAUGUUGACUUACAAAUGUGCUGUGAUUUAUGAGCAAACGUCUUAUAAUUUGUUACAGAAUUUGAGUAAAAGGUUCGUUCAUCAUGCUGCAAUUCAGGUUUAAUUAAACAUCAGAUGCAGAGCUGUGAUCGGCUUCACUCCUGUCCAUGUGCUCUUAUGUCUUUCAAAUAUCUCUAGAACCACUAACAAGUUGUAUUUUAGUAAAAACAAUGUGAUCCUAAAAAGAUGCAUUAUGUAUUUUAACAGUUUAGGUGUGUGUUGUACAAAAUACACUGUGCUCCUAUUAGAAAACCUUAGUCAACAUUUGUUUGUCCUCAAGCAGUUUUAAAUACUUGUUAUCCUGAAUUUAGCUCAUUCAUUUUCUACACAAUCCUGUUAAAUUAUUUGUUGUCCAUUGUCUUGUUUUUAUUUGUAAUGCCAAAUGGAAUUAAAGUGCCCAUAGGAAAGAA